AUGCAGCCAAAUCAUUAUGACCUUCUGGGUCGUCAGGUGCGGGGUGAGCCCAGGACAACUACCGGCCGGGUGACGCGAGAUGCGCUUCAGUCACGCUCAGGCUUGCCCUUACGGUCGGAAGAUUCGUGGAUCGAAGUAUCCUCCCAGCCUUCAUCCUCAUCUCUGUCUUCAGCUGCAACCACCGAUGACAUAAUUACUACCGGCCUCCGUGUCCAGCAAACAGAGCCUGACACCUACCAUCGCCGCAGCCGCCGACGGCGUCUGCAGCGUCUGGCAGCCGUCGCAACAGCGCAAGUCGAAUAUUCGUCCCAUGAACCCAGCAGUAGCCAGGAUGAAUAUGAAGAGAGUGAAAGUGAAUCAGAUCGCGUUCUCACGAGUUCGAAUGAAGACAUUUCUCCUCCUCUGCCACAUGCUGGAGAUUUAGUCCCCUCCAGUGAUGAGGAUGAAAGCUCUACAGCGCUUGGCAUGCGUAUAAGCUCAUCUCCAUUUGUUCCUCAACCAAACGUUUUCUCGCAUCCUCCGGUUUCCGAAGGGCCUUCCUGGACUAGGUCUACCGAACGGCCGUACAGCGAUGUAUCUACCUCCAGUCGUCGAACCGCCAUACGAAGAAACUCUCAAGCCGACACACGUUCAUCCCAACGGUCGUCGAAUCAACAACAUGGUCCCUACAAUGUAAUUUCCCCUUCUUACCACGCAGAUCAUGAUGCCGCGCUACGUGCGAGUCUAUCGACCUUGCUUUCCUGUGCAGCCGCAGCUCGAGGGCUUUCAAAGUGCGAAUCACAACCUGCACAAUCUGGAGCUCCUAGGGUGCAGCCAGCAUCGUUCCGUCUGGUGUCAGAAUCCGUGGCCAUGGGUGACGAAGUCAACGAAGACGCCCCACCAAACAUAGAAGUGCGCACUUCACCCCGUUCACAGCGACUCAAAGAGCAGCAACAACCUGUCCCCUCAUACUCACCACGAGAAUCUUCUUCCACUCGGGAAAAGCGGCGAACGAGCGCUUCAAGGGACCGUGGGUCUAGUCAUGCUGCCACCAAGAGAAGUCGGCGCUCGGCGACCACGGAGUCAUCCUCGGCAGUGAUGACAUGGGUUAUCAGUGCUGGCGUUGUUGUCCUUUUCUCCGCAAUCAGUUUCUCCGCGGGAUAUGUGCUUGGCCGUGAAGUCGGCAAACUGGAGACAAGCACUGGCUUAGGAUCCGUUUUUGGUGAUGCUGGUGUACCAGGUAGCAGAGCAUCGGCAGCCUGCGGUCAAGAAGCAGUCCGAGGCGGGUUGAAGCGCUUCCGAUGGAGUCCUGGAUCCUCUGUAUCCGGAGUAGUUGCCUAAAGGAUGAGAUAAUGUGAUUCGUUCUAGGAUGUGCAUAUGUUCACGAAUAAGGAUGAGAUAUCGAGGGCAUUGAUUGAUGAUGGGUCAUGAUUGAUGAGGACUCUUUUCCCCUUUGGAUUCCCUACUGCUGUUUUGCCUUGCAUCUUCUUUUUCAUAUUUGUUCUCUGAGGGUUUUCAAAACGCUUGUUGGAUAUGCUUUGAGGUUGUACCUCGGGCCUCCAGAAGCAAAAGUCUCUGAUAAGAGUCAUCUGUGACUCUUAUAUGAGGGAUGAUUCCACUUUGCAAGGGUUUGUAAUCAUGCUUUAUCUUGUAUGUUUCUUUGAUGUGUUCAUUGCGAGUUAUACCCAUCAACUGCAGUAGUCUUAUUUAGUGACUAACUUUGACAAUACAACUCUUAAUU